AAUCACAGCUGAACCGGAGCUUGCAGGAACACAAGAAGAUUUCCUGACGUUAAGGGUUCCAGGACAGAGACAGUAAAAUGUCUAAACAUGUCUUCUUAACGGGACCCCCAGGGAUUGGAAAAACUACUCUGAUUCAGAAAACUGUAGUAGUUUUGAAAUCACAUGGCUAUUGCAUUCAUGGGUUUUACACAGAAGAAGUAAGAGCAGGUGGAAGAAGAGUGGGAUUUGAUGUUGUAACCUUGUCUGGAAAACGUGGUAGCUUGUCUCGAAUCAGCGCUGGUAUACCAAAAGAAAAGUGUAAAUAUAUGGUUGGACAAUAUGCUGUAGACCUUAUCUCUUUUGAACAACUGGCACUUCCGGUACUUACAGAUGUUGCCAAGGAAAAGCAAAAAUCCAUAUGCAUCAUUGAUGAGAUUGGAAAAAUGGAACUCUUUAGUCAGUCAUUUAUUCAUGCUGUCCGAAAAACUCUGGACUGUGAUACUGCUUUCAUAUUUGGGACUAUUCCAGCCACCAAAGGGAAGCCGCUUCUACUUGUUGAAGAAAUAAAAAAUAGAGCAGAUGUGAGAAUAUUUAAUAUUACAAGAGAAAACAGAGGUGUUAUUAUGCAAGAAAUAGUGACUGCAAUACAAGAAUGCUGUAAAUAAAGUUUAUGAAAUUAAGAAAAAAACACCUUAAUUUGAAAAGUUUUGCAUAUUCAUUCCUGCAGAGCGCUGAAAUAUACAAUAACACUGAAGCAGUACUUACCUACAAAAUUAGAAUUGUAAAUACGUUUUAGUUUGUACACUUCAUGUGAAAAUUAAUAAUUUACUUAAAUAAAUUUUUACUCAGCACCAAAA